GCGCGCGCUAGUGUGCCCCUGCGGGGCUGGCGGCUCCGCAUGCUGAAGCUCUUCCUCCUCUCCCUCGUGGGCGCCGUCUGCGCCGCGUGCGGGAGCUUCGCGGGGUGCGGGGACCCCCAGUCGCUGGACACGGCCCACCGCCCCGACGAGGUCUCUGCGGUGUUGUGCUGCGGCGGGGUCAUCGGCUUGCCUGGCGUGGGCGUGCGAGUGGGCGGCGAAGCCAUCAAGAUCAACAAGACUUGGCCCGCCAAGAAGGAGUCCAGGCGGAUUUCCGCCCCCCCCGCCGCCUUGCUUGGGCGUGGCGGCCUCGCGUACGGCUGGUCGGGGCCCGUCGUGGUCGGGGCGCUGGCGCGGUACUUCUCUCCGCAGCCGAACUCGGACCUGGGGGCCAAGGCGACCUCCGACGCCGUGGGCGCGCUCGGGGCCGAGAAGGAGACGGUGUGUGGGCCCGCCGUCCGCGUGUGGCGGUCCACUGUGGGACCCUUCGCCUUCAAUACCUACUAUGAUUGGGGCCGCACCUUCGAGGCGAUCGACGGCACCAGCCUGAUCGGCCACGUCUGCACCCCCGCGGAGGCGGCGCCGCUGGCCACCUGGGCGAAGGCGUGGAGAAGUUCGGCUCUGGCGGGGAGGCCCAUGGCUGCUGUGCUGAACCGCACCCCCCUUGUGCCGAAGAUGAAGAUGGUGUCGCCGAUCGUGGGCGAGGGCUGCGGGGCGUUCCUGGACGCCCCCCUGUACGAGCUGGCGUCUCACCGCGCGUCCUUCGUGGUACUGGUGGACCGCGAGAUCACGGCGGACCACGCUGCGCUGCUGAUGAACAUGAGCCCCACCACGGCGCUGAUGCAUUUCUCCCAGGACAGGAAGCUGCGGACGGAGGACGACGGCCUGUGCGAGUCGCUGCUGCUGCUGACGAUGGGGGUCACCCAGCGCACACUGCGCAGCUGCGCGGUGGGGGGCAUGCUCACGAAGGCGAUCAUCAUCGACGACGGCUCGAAGAUCGUGAAGACGUGGCAGGUGGAGACCAGGACGGGCUCGGUGAACGCGAAGGAGAUGCGGGAGCAG